GCGGUGGGGGCAGCAGGGGCGCCAGCAGCACACGCCAGAGUUCUCCUGAUCAGAGAUCCGGGCACGCUCGGCUGAAGCUCCAGAAAGAGGGCACAGUUCUAGACAAGGGAAAUCCUCGUCCGCAACAUUUGUCCCAGCGGCAGCCUCGCCAAUUUCAGGUAGUCAUGAGAGGUGGUGGUGGUGAUGGCACUGUCUGGAUAAUGGGUAUAGCUUGGGCACUGGCAGUGUUGCGAGCCAGUACUAUGAGCAUGGAGGACCGCUGCUUGCCUGGAGGGAAACACAAAGCCAGCCCAAGCCCAGAAGGACAGCUGGGAAGCUGCCAGAUCUACGCAGAAAAUGCCUGUUGCUCACCAGAGUUCACCCAGGACCUUUCCAAAGACAAUGACAUUUACUGGAACCGCUGUGGGAGCCUUAGCAGCAGAUGUGAGGAGUAUCUACAGCAACUAGAAUGUUUCUACCGCUGCUCCCCCAUUGCUGCCCAGUGGCCUCAUCCUCAGCGACCCACAGCUGUGCUGGGUGUGCCCCUCUGCCAGAGUUUCUGUGACCAAUGGUACGAUGCUUGCAAGGAAGACUUGACCUGCGCUCGUAAUUGGCUUAUUGACUGGCACUGGGGGCCUGAUGGAAAUAACUGCAGCCAGGACUGCCUCUCCUAUGGUCAGAUGUACAAGGAUGGAAAGGAGCUCUGUGAAACCAUCUGGGACGAUUCCUUCAUAGCCAGCACUGAUCCUUGUGACUGCCUGACACUGACUGCCUCUGAUGCAGCCUUUUCAGUCUCGUAUUCCCAUCUUCAAGAUAGAAACAGAAUUGAGGAGUCUGACACCACAAAGAAGGGCAGCAAAAGAGAAGGCCGCGUUGGCCCAGGGGGGCUUUGCACAGGCAACCUGCUGCUCCAGCGCCUGCAAAGGAACAUGCAGAAGCGCUCAGUCUUCAUGGAAGAUGUAGAGGGGAGUGGGAGUGGGUUUUGAUCCAAGGCAGCCACCCUUCCAGGGGAAAACAACCCCCUCCCCUGUGAUUGUCUGGGGCUUGGGGGGAUCGCUUGUGAUCUAUGCAAAUCUGUCAUGUCUCCCGUUACCAGCUUCAUGCCAUCUUAUAUAGCUAGCUCUGUGCAACCUGGUGCGGCCAUGGCAUAGGAAGCCAAUGUGGCACCGGAGCAGGGCUCCGAGUCCUGUGCCCUAGAAGUAGAGGUUCCUUCACCAGAGCACCACCUUCCAUCUCCUGUAAACUGGCUCCAUGGCCACUGCUUUCCCUACACUCUGUUUUGUACAGGUACAAUGAAAGGGUUAGAGAAUAGUUAAUGGUGACAUCUUCACUCCCAAUUACUGCUCCUCUAUGUUCUGCCAAGAGCUGGCGGCUCCGAGUGGUCCACAGUCAGAAUCCCCUCUAGCGCUGAAGGGGAGGGGGAGAUGGCAGUCCUUCAAAGGCUCUGGUUUCAGAGAGUGAGGGGUUGCAUGGGCUGAAAAGAAAGACGUGAAUGAAGUCUACCCAGGUGAUUAGCCCCAACCGCUGAUACGACUUUAGGUUUGUCUGUAGGACUGAGCCACAGUGAAAGACCCUUCACUGGUUGAGCUCAACAUGGAAGCAGCAGGCAACAGAAAGAUUACUGGCCAUUAGGUAGGGUCCAAGAGUUACAAGGUUGGUUUUAAUGGAUGCAGUUACAGGUUUGUAUCCAGUGAAGUUGCAGUAGACAAAUGGCUACUGAACGAUUAAAUUGACUUAUAACUUGGAGUAGCUUUAAUGUUUAUGCAACCAAACUCAGAAGGGGGAAGGGAAAGAGAUUGUGCCACUAGUGUGGCUAAACGUAGAUUGGUUAUAAUUUUAAUAUUCAGUGUGUGUAUUAGGGAACAGUUUCAAAUAUUCAGUAUAAAAAAUACAUAGCCUCCAAUGAGAGAAAUAGUCAGUGCCAUAUAGAGUUUGUACUAAUGAGAAAAGUAGUCUGCAAAUAAUUUUUUAAAGCAUCCAGUUUUGGGUAGGUGGAAUAGAAAGACCCCAGGAGUCCUCUUGCCUGUCUCCUCCACAUCUUACGCAACACUCCUUGAACUUCACCACAUCAGUCUCAGAGUAGAUUGUGCAACUUCUUUUUGUAAUACUGUCCACCUUCUGUCCGUAAUAGAACUUUCUCUCCUGCACACACAGCUUUAUCAUUUGCCUUUUCAUGUUCUUGCUUGUUCACACUUGGUCAUGUUUGUUGCCAAUUGCACAUUAUGCAUUGGGUCAAACCUAUUAAUACUUGUGGAGAAAUUAAACAACAAUGU